CCUUCUUCUCUCCAUCUCCGUCCUCCUCCUUCUCCCCCUUCUCCUCAUCUUCCUCCUCCUCUCCCUGUUUUUCUCCCUCAUUCUCCUCCUUCUUUCUCUUCUUCUUCUCCGUCCCUUCCGAGAGUCCUGUGGGCGUGGGUCGGGCGAGUGGGCGGUUCCACGCUCUCACAGAUGACGAAGAUGGUGGACGGAGAGAGAGAGAGAGAUAACGGGGAAGAAGGAGAGGAAAAGGAGGAGAGGAAAAAUGAACAAAAGCUUUUCAUGAUGGAAAUGUAUGUUCCUCUGUUGCCAGAGUCGCCCUGGUGCGGCCGCGACGCCCGCACGCCCGUCCCCUCGGCGUCGCGGGCGGGGAGCGAGCGAUGGGCGGCGAGGGCGGAGUUGUGCAGCAGAUACGACGGUUAUGGAAGUUGGUGCGCCUGCAGUGGGCGGGAUGACCCAUUUCCGCCGCACUUCCGCCCACGGGAGAGCGAGAGGAGAGGGAAGCAGACGACGAAGACGGAGGCGAAGAAGGAGGUCGAGAAGACAGCGGAACCCGAGGAGAUCCUGACGGUGGUGCUGGCGAGUCGACCCACGGCGUUGCACAGAUUGCUCGAGAGUCUGGAAGCGUCGAAGGGCACGGACAUCCUGCAGGAGUCGGUCCUCGUCUUCGCCAGCACCGCGACCGAGGAGCUGUCUCUGGUGUGCGCGAGCCACGGCGUGCCUUCGAGGCCACUGAGCGCUCCUCCGACUGCGAGGGCCUCCACGUCGCCCUCCUCUACCAGUCCGCCCUCUCCGCCGCCCUCAUCCUCCGACCCAAGGCUCAGGUCGUCGUCACCCUCGAGGACGACAUGCUGGUGGAGGACGAGUUCUACAGGUGAGGUGUGCGCGAGCCACGGCGUGCCCUUCGAGGCCACUGAGCGCUCCUCCGACUGCGAGGGCCUCCACGUCGCCCUCCUCUACCAGUCCGCCCUCUCCGCCGCCCUCAUCCUCCGCCCCAAGGCUCAGGUCGUCGUCACCCUCGAGGACGACAUGCUGGUGGAGGACGAGUUCUACAGGUGA